AUGGCGCAGUGCGUGCGUCGGCUGGUGCUGGCGGCGCCCCUCGCCGCUGUGGUGGCGCUGCUGCUGUGCACGAGCAGUGCACCGGUGGCGCGUGCUGCGGGGACGAGCGACUUCACUGGUGCGCAGCAGAAGAACACGCUGACGGUGCUGCGGGCGUUUGCGCGUGCGAUCCCUGCGCUUGGGAGCACGUGGACGGGCAGCGACUUCUGCUCGUGGGACUUCGUCACGUGCAAUGUGACGGGAGCGUCCGUGUUGGGAAUGGAUGCGAGGUAUAUUGGCACGCUGCCGGAGAUGCCUUCGGGCGUGGACUACACGAACGUCAUGAUCACGGCACUGGACUUCGGCGCAAUGGGCCAGGGGCUGAGCGGGACGCUGCCGGACAGCUGGGGCAAGCUCGUACUGCUGACGGAGCUGACGUUUUCGGGGAACAACGUGAGCGGCACGCUGCCGCCUCAGUGGAGCUCGAUGACACGGCUGAGGGAGUUGUGGAUUGAUGAUUGCGGGCGGAUGACCGGCGGCCUGCCGCACGAGUGGGGCUCGAUGCCUGAGCUACGGACGCUGCUGCUCAGACACCUGCAGCUGAGCGGUACGCUACCGCCUGAGUGGGCGGCGAUGCCCUCACUACAGACGCUCGAGAUGACUGCUGCAGGCGGCAUCACCGGCACGCUGCCGCCCGGGUGGAGCUCGAUGAGGUCACUGACGAAGCUUUUCAUCAACUACUCGCUGAUCACCGGCACGUUGCCCACGCAGUGGAGCUCGAUGAAAGGACUGAGAAUUCUGUCUGUGAUGCGCUCUCAAGUUUUCGGCAGACUCCCGCCUCAGUGGAGCUCAAUGAAAUCGCUGACGACUCUUAAUCUCCAGGGCACUCAGGUCUCCGGCACGCUGCCAACUCAGUGGAGCUCGAUGAAAUCGCUGAGCUUUCUUUAUCUGCGCCGCACUCAGGUCUCCGGCACGCUGCCGCGUCAGUGGAGCUCAAUGAAAUCGCUGACCCUUCUUGUUAUGCAGCGCACUAAGGUCUCCGGCACGCUGCCGCCUGAGUGGAGCUCGCUGAAAUCGCUGACCCUUCUUUCUCUGCGGCUCACUCAGGUUUCUGGGACGCUGCCGCCUGAGUGGAGCUCGAUGACAGCGCUCACCAUUCUUGCUUUGCAGUACAGUCAGGUCUCCGGCACGCUGCCUGCAGCGUGGAGUUCGAUGAGUACGCUAAAGACUCUUGCUCUGCAGCACACCAAGGUCUCCGGUACGCUACCGCCUCAGUGGAGUGGGAUGACGAGUCUCGAAAUCCUGAAGCUGGACAACUGCCACCUCUCGCGCGUGAUGCCCUCCUCGUGGUCUUCGAUACCGAACCUGCGCCUCAUCUCACUGAGCGGCAACAGCUUGUGCGGGUGUGUGCCAAAGUCGUGGGCCAAGAAGCCUGGUCUCGAUGUCGUCAUCGAGGACGCGCACAAGGGCAGCAUCUGUCUGCUUAUUAACGCCUGCCGCCCAAAGGCUGCUCCUCCGCCAACGACCACGAGGGCAUGGAACUCCGCCAAUGCCUACGAGACAUAG